AUCCAUGAUUAAUGAUUAAUGCUUAUAAUCAAAAUGCUGACGCUAAAAAGCUUACACACUGCCUCGAUAAUGGAGAUGGCAUCGCUGGCGACCCUCCUCCUCGGGCGCAACGCCGGACCCCCAUUUUUCGCCCUCCAAUUACUCGGUCAAUCCUCCUGGACCCCGGCCCACCAGAUUCAUGGUCGUUGACACCCACCCAACCCCGGGCCCACCCGCCCCACAAUUAAUUAAUUAAUUAAUCCUUGCAAACUCUCAAACCACUAAACGGCUAUGGAUUGCCCACCAUACGGUACAGACUGCACUGUGAAAUUUAAUUCCCCAAAACACCCUUCUCACUUCCACGAUAUCACAACUGUACCCAUCCAUUUACGGCAGGUAUAGGCUGGCCGAAAGUAGCCACGGGUUUACCUGCACAACCCGUUCUACUACCCCCGCAGUAACGCUUCCAGAAUGCGUUUCGUCCACGCUGUUCUCCGGUUCCCGGUACAUUUCCCCCGGAGCUAUCCGUUGCCUCCCCUCCCUGAAUCUGCUCUGUGUAUUUAAACACCUCCCUAGAGAGAGUGAGGGGAGAGAGAAAUAGAAGAGAGAGAGAAAUAGAAGAGAGAGAGAGAGAGAGAUUAGGGUAUUUGGUGUAGAGCUGAAACCCUAUUUUUUGAUUUCUCUCUUCAAUUGUGUUUUCUGUGAAAAUGAUGGCGCAGGAUCCUGAGUUGACGCGCAGAGAAGCGGAAAUGAGUGACGACUCGACGAGCAGUUUGUUUUCGAACAGGAGACGGUGUCAUUUCCGCAUGCCGUGCUUGGGUUCCCGGCGGCCGCGCCCCUCCGAAUCAGUCUGGUGGACGAGGAUGCGCAGUGCGGAGAUCGACGACGCCGGGUGGUGGGCCCGAGGGGUCAGUGCGGUCAAGAAACUGAGGGAGUGGUCGGAGCUCAUCGCCGGCCCCAAAUGGAAAACUUUCAUUCGGCGCUUCAACAAGAACAUCGGCAGCUGUUCCGGAGGGGGCGGCUGCUCCGGCGUGGUUGGCGGCGGCGGCGGCGGAAGUAAGCUUCAGGGAAAAUUCCAAUAUGACCCCUUGGGCUACGCGCUCAACUUCGACGACGGCCCGGGGCAGAACAGGAAUUUCGACGAGGACUACCUGCGCCCCACCUUCUCGGCACGGUUCGCUUCUGUACCCGAGUCGGUGAGGCCUUCAGUGGAUCUUGGCAGGAAUCCGACGGUCUUUGCGUGAUAUCAGAGCCUUUUCACUUCCCCGCACGGUGGCGAUGCAAACGCGAGCGCCACCGUGCGCGGUGGUUGAUGAUGCGGAAGCUCUGGAGGUUUGGGGCACGACGACAGCUGGCGGGUUUCGUUCUCCGUUCAUGACAUGGUUGUUGUCAAUUUUGUUUUAUUUUAAAUUUUAUUUUAUAAUACUUUUUAUUUACAAAUUUUCUUUUUAUUUUUUUUACAGUAAAGGUUUUGGGGAUUAUGUAUAGUAUAUAAGACAUAAUGAGCGUGUUGAUACUUACAUUUGGAAGUUUGGAUUUUAAUUUAAUUUAUUUUAAUUAGUUCCGUA